AUUCAUGUUCGAUUAUUUAUUAGUAAGACUAUUGAAGUGCAGUUUGAGUCUGUCUGUCUGUAUCCAGCAAUCUGUCUGUCCCUUAUGGGUCAGUUGGCUCUGAAUAUACAGUUUAACAGGUGUUACUGUCUGUGUGUGUGUGUGUGUGUGUGUGUGUGUGUGUGUGUGUGUGUUGGGUUUAUUAACCAUACUUGCGUUUGAAAUGCUCAAAUAAUAUUUUGAACUAUAUAAAACAUCUUUUAAAUGUCGAGUGUGAGUACAGCUUUAUAUCAGAAGUUUAUGGUAUGAGCCCAUUGAGAUGUUAAGUAAAGGUGUGUGUGUGUUUUCUAUACAGUGACUCAUUUUCUCAAGAAUCUACAGUUGUCCUUGUCACAUGUCUUAUUUAAAUAUGCGUGCAUAACACAGGCCAUAAAGAAGUCUGUUGUGGUUUCAGUAAGUGGAUUCACACAUCGGCUCUCUCACCCCACAAGAAUCUCUAGUUGUGUUGUAUGCGUGUGUCUGCGUAUGUAAGAUCUUGUCAGACUGGUAUUAUGAACUGACGUAUUGCGAAAGUGUAAGGACAUAAUUUCCGUGGAACUCGCAUGAAUUGAACACACCUACUGGAACAACAAACUGAACACGCAAACAUUGGCCUACUGCUCUUUUACCGUGAUGAUAUUGCUAUGAUUAAGGCAGUGCUGAAUGCAUGAAUUCAUAUGUGACUGGUCACAGCCUAAGUUUUUUAUUUUUUAUUUUGCAUUAGGAAUAUUUAGGAUUAAUGCAUCUAAAUAGCCAGUUACAAUAACUGGAACAUUUAAAGGAGACCCCUUUCACAAGAUGUAAUAUAAGUCUCUGGUGUCCCCAGAAUGUGUCUGAAGUUUCAGCUCAAAAUCCCCCACAGAUCAUUUAUUAUAGCUUGUCAAAUUUGCCCCUAUUUGGGUCUGAGCAAAAACACGCCGUUUUUGUGUGUGUCUCUUUAAAUGCAAAUGAGCUGCUGCUCCCGGCCCCCUUUCCAGAAGAGGGCGGAGCUUUAACAGCUCACACUUCGGUUGAUCAACCACAACAAAGCUGGAGAAUCUCACGCAGCCAAAAUCAGCCAAAAGUCGGACACUGAUGGAGAGACUCAGGAAGAAGUUACAACUUUUAGAAUGAAACUGGACGUUUCUGAAUGGUUAGUGGAUAAAUUUAUGUAGUUGCUGUGGAGUUGAUUCAACUCAUCGACUCAACUCAACUCAAAUCCAGCGUUGAAUUGACCCUCGUUUGUGAAGCAGUCCGGCGUAAAAUGACGGCAACAACACUCUUCUACAACAACUCUUCCUCUUCUCUAAAGCAGCCCAACAUGGCCUCCUUUGUCACGUGUUCUCGGGGGCGGGGUUUAUGUAAAUUUUAGGGUUUGUGAUGUCACCUACUCGUGAAGAAGCUUGUUGUAGUCCCUACCAGCUGUUUGUUGUAGUCCUUAAACAGCGAGUUCUUUAAAACAAAAUAACUUUGAGCGUCGUAACUUUGCAGAUGUUGUUUAUGCUCGAACAGCAACAUUACACACUAACUAAAGUUAAAAAAAUUGAAAUCAUAAUCAACCACCCCUUUAAGACUGUCAUUUUCUUGUCUAUAAACAUUUUCCCACAUUCUGUACAUAUUACACUGCAGUUAGCAUUUAUCAUCUUCUCAUUUCAUAACGCACUGAUCUGAAAUUUUUAUGGCUAUUUCUUCAGUAUCUCUGAAAAUAUAGGAAAAAAAUAAAAAUUUUCAUCACAGACUAACAAAAGACACACAACUGACCUCCACAUCCACGUAUGUUGACAUCACGGCUCAUAAAACCUAUUGAAACAGCAUACAGUCACCCUUUCAUUUUUUCUAUUCACUUCUCAAGACAUUUUGGCUUGAAAUUCAUUUUAAUUGUAUAAAAAUAUUAUCAUAAUUCAGAAAUAGUUUAUUUUUAUUAUAGUACGUUUUAGUUGAUAUUUCUUCUUUUGAUUUUGAGGUGAAAUACGACCCAGAAAUGUUCUUGGCAGGCUUUGUGAGAUUCACCCACUUAUUUAUACAUUUAUAUAUAUGACAAAUACGAGAGAUUCUGAAUCCUUUAGCAGAGCCUGAGCGUUGAAUCUGCGCAUGCGCGCUGCUGACUCGCCGUAAUCCUCGCGCAUCUGCGCGUGCUGGAGAGAAACAGGCUGAAUUAAGAACCGAAUCAAAUAAAUAACCGCAGCAUAUGCAACUGCGCUUUAGACACAUGCAUGCUGUCAUCAUGAGUCCCGCGAGGAGAUGCAUGAAAGCACCGCUGCAGUUUGGCUGCUGGCUGUGUGUGUUUAUGCGGCGCGCGGCAGCGGCAGCAGCAUCAUCAUCAUCAUCAUCAUCGUCCUCCGCUACAGCCGAAUCAUGAGUGACCGAACUGGCUCACGGAACCGCACAGGACCGAACCGCAUAUCCGGACGGGAGCGUUUUAACCGCAGGGAUUUGUCUAUAUCAUCCAUCCGGAUGCUUUCGGUGCUGGACCGCAGUUAAGACCCACGUCGGACCGGCGGAACCGGAGCGCUCCUGUCCUCACCGGGCCCGAGACCACUGCACCUCCUCACCCGAGCCUCUCUGCGCCGUUAAAUAUUCAUAGUCACGAUCUGAGUGUCAAACUUGAUACUCCGGUGCCUGGAGAGACAGAUGAGAACCUUCACAGCCAACGCUGUCACGUUAUAAACAUCUGCAUGAGCUUUAGAUGAGAGGAGCAGCUGGAUCUAUACAGGCAGGAGGACAUUCACUGCAGCACCUGCAGUCUGACCCGCUGAGGGCCUCCGCUGGGCUGGAUGAAAUGUGACGCAUCGUAAUCCCGGUGACAGCUGCGGAAAGAUGAGCCACAGACAGAGAGAGAGAGACAGGCAGUGAACAUGAUUAGAGGGACUGCGCCGUGACUCAACCAGUCGCAUAGAAAAACAAGACGGGACGAGACUGGAAACUUUCUCGCUGCAUCAAAGUUCCUCUUUUAAAGCUGGAAACGGCGUGUUUUCGUCUCUAGUGCUUCAGUAAUGUAUUGUACUGCCAUCCCUGAAGUGUCGUCCUUCCUCUCAGGCGAGGUUACGGCAGGUUAAACGUCACCUGAGGCUUAGAGCGAACGGGCCCGUUGAGCUGAGGGGCCCCGUGGCCCUCGCAGACCUUUGGGAAACGCCACCCGUGGAUCUUGUGAACAUUUUUAGCCAGCAGACUCGCAUGCAUGCGUGAGCGCUGUCAAUCACAGACCACACAUCCUGGUGUUGAUCUCUGGCUGACUAGAGGAGAUGUCUGACCCACCAAACUGAGAUUCAGAACCUUUGCGUUUGUGUGUAUUUAUGUGUGUGAAAGACAAACAGAGGGACACAGUGUGUGUGUUUAGAAGUUGUUCGUUGUUGUGGCAAUGGGGAGUUCUGCGUCGUCUCUGACCACGGACAGAGAAUCAGAUCACGGGUUCGGUACGGCUCCGUUCCCCGCAGCCGCUCCGAUGGGCUGGCUCAGGACCAGCCACAGCAGCCCGGUGUGGGGAACCACUUUCAUCACACGCCAGCAGCAGCAGCAGCAGCCUAUCCCACACAGAGAACGCAGUCACUCUCAUUCUCCUGGUUCGAUGGCAGCAGUUGUGAGAAAUUCUGAUUGGUCAUGCGGACGCUGCACAUUUCUUAACUCCAGCGGUUCCUUGCGCUGCUCUAUUUGCGAAGCUCCCCGGCAGAAGCCGGAUUUAAAUCACAUUCUGCGCCUCAGCAGUGCUGAGGAACCUCGCUGGUCCUGCCCACGCUGCACCCUGACCAAUCACCAUGGAUUAGGCUCAUGUUCUGUGUGCGGAGCCGCUCCAGUUACAGCCAAUGGACCCAUUCCACCCAAGCAGCCCCCGCCCACUCCCGUAGACCCCGCCUCCAGCCCUGAAGUCAAAGGGCAGGUAGCCAAUGGGGAGUCACGGUGCGCGGAGUCCAACGGGGAGGUGUCUAUGUGUGGGGAGGGGUCAUUGGAGUGGGCGUGUCCUCGUUGUACUUUAGUAAACACUCCAGUGGCGUUGUCAUGCUCAGCAUGUGGUGGUCCAAGAAAACUCUCCUUACCGAAAAUCCCUCCCGAAGCGCUAGUGGUCCCGGAAGUGCGUACACCAGUGGCGGGGUUUCCCACACAAACAGCAGGAGCGUCCGUGCCACUUCUCAUUGAUCUGACUGAAGAUUCUCCACCCCAAGUUCCUUCUGAAACCCCGUCUCCACCCCCCGUCCCGUUUCUGCCCCCUUCCCUGUCCUCGCUUCAGAAUAAUCCCGUGCCUCGAAGCCGGAGGGAAGUGCCGCCCCCUGGGCGGCCUCCAAACCCCGCCCCCUCACCAACAUCACCCUCAACCUGCCCACCUAACAAAUCCAAGCCCCUCCCACCAUCAGACAAUUACCCAAUCAAGCGCCUCAGUGUGCUGGAGGAGGAGGAGCCUAACAACCCCGCCCCUCCAGUCACAUCUCCACCAUCUUGGAAGUGCCCCGGAUGCUCCGCCCCAACGGCUCCUCCUUCGUCAUCCGCCGGCCGGUGCGACUCAUGUCGAGGGUCGCGGCCGGGUUCGGGCGGCGACGUCAUCGACGUGCUGGGCGAAUCAGUGCGCUUCACGCCGGCGUCGCCGUCCAGCCCGGACUUCAGUUCUUGGGCGUGUUCCAAAUGUACGUUGCGCAAUCCGACGGGCACGGGCCACUGCACGGCCUGCGGAUCGUCCAAAUUGCACGGUUUCUCUGAGCCGUCCGGCUGCUCGUCGUGUUCUCGGAAACAACCGCACUCCCACACGCGUGCCUUUACUUCUGCCUCAUCUUCCUCCAUCUCGUCCCCGUCGGCGCAGGACAAGAGCGCGUGUCAGUGGACGUGUCCUGCAUGCACACUGCUGAACGAAGGAAAGAUGAAGCAUUGCGCGGCGUGUCACACCCCGCAGCAGUACCUGAAUCUGCGCAAAACAGGGAAACCGCUCAAACGCAGGGAGAGCAUGCAUGUGGAGGCCCGCAGACGCACAGAUGAGGGAGAGGCCAAGGAAUUGUGGGAAAAUAUCGUCAGCUUCUGUAGAGAGAAUGCGGUGAACUUCGUGGAUGACAGUUUCCCUCCUGGUCCACGUUCGGUCGGGUUCCCCGAGAAUGACAGCGUCCAGCAGCGUAUCAAAAAGUGGCUCCGCCCUCACGAGAUUAACUGCAAUAAUUUUAAGGAUCGUGGCGUGAAGUGGUCAGUGUUCAGGACGCCCCGCCCCUCUGACAUCCUGCAAGGCCUUCUGGGAAAUUGCUGGUUCUUAAGCGCUCUGGCAGUGCUAGCGGAGCGGCCCGAGUUGGUGGAACGCGUGAUGAUCACCAGAACCAUAUGCCACGAGGGAGCGUAUCAGGUGCGGCUCUGUAAAGAUGGGACGUGGACGACGGUUCUGGUGGACGACAUGCUGCCCUGCGACGAAUACGGAUUUCUGCUCUUCUCACAGGCUCAGCGGAGGCAGUUGUGGGUCGCUCUGAUAGAAAAGGCUCUUGCGAAGCUGCACGGCUCGUAUUUUGCGUUGCAGGCCGGUCGUGCCAUCGAGGGUUUGGCGACGCUCACUGGCGCCCCCUGUGAAAGUCUGAUGCUGCAGGUCAGCUCAACCAACCCCCGUGAAGAACCAAUCGACACGGACCUCAUAUGGGCCAAAAUGCUCAGCUCCAAAGAGGCGGGCUUUCUGAUGGGGGCGUCUUGUGGAGGCGGCAACAUGAAGGUGGAUGAUGCUGUAUAUGAAUCUCUGGGGCUCCGCCCAAGACACGCCUACUCCAUACUGGACGUCAGAGACGUUCAGGGCUACAGACUGCUGCGUUUGAGGAACCCAUGGGGCCGGUUCUCCUGGAACGGCUCCUGGUCAGACGAGUGGGCCGAUUGGCCGCAGCAUCUGCGUGUCGAGCUCAUGGCUCACGGCAGCAGUGAAGGCGUGUUCUGGAUGGAGUACGGAGACUUCAUUAAGUACUUUGACUCGGUGGAUAUCUGCAAAAUCCAUGCUGAUUGGCAGGAGGUUCGUCUGCAGGGCUGCUUCCCCUGCCGGGCGAGUAAACCAGUGACGGUAACGGCGCUGACAGUCCUGGAGAGAACCGCGCUGGAGUUCGCCCUCUUCCAGGAGGGCAGCAGGCGUUCAGACACGGCCGACAGUCACCUGUUGGAUCUGUGCAUUAUGGUCUUCCGGGCAUCGUUCGGUAACGGGAAUAAGCUGGUACUGGGGCGUCUGUUAGCACACAGCAAGCGCGCGGUGAAGAAGUUUGUAGGAUGUGAUGUGAUGCUGGAGCCGGGAGAGUAUGCGGUGGUCUGCUGUGCCUUCAACCACUGGCAGAUGGACCUGACGGGGGCGUCAACACCAGUGUCCAGCCCCACCAACGCUCGGAGACCCAGUCAGGAUUUCCCAGGGUACAUCUUGGCCAUCUACAGCUCCAGACAAGUGAUGGUGGAGCAGGUGGAGGCCAUGUCCACAACGCUCGCUGACGCCAUCAUCCUGCUGACGGAGAACAAGGGAGAGAGACAUGAGGGUCGGGAAGGGAUGACAUGUUACUACCUGACUCACGGGUGGGCGGGGCUUAUCGUCGUCGUGGAGAACCGUCACCCAAAGUACUACCUCCAUGUGUCAUGUGACUGUACUGACAGCUUCAAUGUGGUGUCGACCCGAGGCAGCCUGAAGACCAUCGACAGCGUGCCGCCCUUGCACAGGCAGGUACUGGUGGUCCUGUCCCAGCUGGAGGGGAACGCCGGAUUCUCCAUCACACACAGACUGGCCCAUAGGAAAGCAGCGCAGGCGUCUCUGGGCGACUGGACGUCUAGUAAAGCCACACACUCGCCCCAACUCACCCCAGACACUGACGGACUGCACAGACCGCGGCCGCUUUGACACACGCUUACACACAUAGACAGACAUGAAACCACAUAGAUGAAUACAGACCCGUGCUGAUGAACGCACACGCAGGCACUGACGGGGUCUGGGUGGAACUACUGAGCCAAUCACACGUCUGCUCACUGAGCCAAGACCCGCCCACUGCAAUCACACUCGCUCUGCUCAAGCACACGCGUGUCAUGAUGAACUGUCAUUCAGAGCCGCUCCUGGAGUCUCGCGUGCGUCUCCUGUCAGCUGACUUCACUUUCUAGUUUCGUUUAUGUGCGUUCAGUCAAAGAGAAUGUCAUGAAAAUAUUUCACGUGGCUCAUUUCACCCAAAAUCAACAGAAAAAAUUAUAUUUUAAAAAGCUAAAUGGAGCCUGAUUUUUAGGAUCAUUAUUAUAAUAAUUAAUAAUAAUAAUAAUAAUGUUCAAGACAAUUAAGCGUAUUUUCUCCUCAAAUCCACAUUACUGUAAGACUUUUGGACAAUUACUUUGAAAAGUUUUAUUAUUUAGAAACAUUUUAUUUUACAUAUUUUAUGAAAUAUAAUUACAUAUUAUUAUUAUUAUUAUUAUUAUUAUUAUAGUUUGUUUUAUAAUAGAUUAUUUUCAUGACAAUUAAGCACAUUUUACCUCAAAUUCAUAUUUCUAUAAGGCUUUUGGACUAUUUUAUAAUUUUUAUUAUUUAGAAACAUUUUCACUAGAUUAUUAUUAAUGGCUUCUGGACGUUUAUUAUUAUUAUUAUUAUUACAGUUUCAGUUAGAUUAUUUUCAUGACAAUUAAGCACAUUUUCCCUCAAAUUCACAUUUCUAUAAUGUCUUUUGGACAAUUAAUUGUAUAAUUUGUGUUAUUUAGAAAUAUUUUCACUAGAUUAUUAUUACAUGAAUAGAGUAUUUUUACUGGAUUGUAAAAAAUAUAAAUAAAAAAUGUUUUUUUAAACCACAUUAAAGGCAGUAGAGCAAAUGCUACCAUGUUGAUCUAUAAAUAAAAUGUAUUAUAAUUUAAAUAAUAUAUCAUUGUUUUUAUAUAUAUAUAUAUAUAUAUAUAUAUAUAUAUAUAUAUCUAUAUCUAUAUCUAUUCCCCAUUAUUUUCAUCUGAAUUUGGGGUAAAAAUGUCACGAAUUGUCACGAAAACAUUGUCGUCACUUAACAGUCCAAAAUAAAUCUUUCAUUGCCUCAAACAAAAUAAAUCUUUCUUCUUCCUUUAAUCGUAGGGUGAAAUGCGCCUCGUCUUUGACAUGUUUUGUGAGAUUUAGGUUUAUCGCCGUUCUGACAGCCAAUCAGCAAACUGUUCUGGGGUCACAUGUUCUGUAUCAUGGGUAAUGUAAUGACAAAUGGUGAUACUUGAUUUUAGUGGAAGGCCGCGAGGGGUUUAUGCGUAAAGCAUCUUUUAAUUUAUUUGUUUUAGUAAAGCUGAACCUUUCUGAGAGAAGCACAAGUUAAGCUGCUGAGCGAGAGCUGAUCUGCCCGUCAGUUUGAUUCCUGCGAUGGCGUCAUAGCUGUACGACUCAUCGGGAUGUUUCCACCUGUGCUGGAUCUGAUUGGUCGGCGGGUUGAUGAUGUGUGUUUGACUUGUCUUGUGCACUGAUCUUUAGUCCAGCGUCUCUGCAUCUUGUGUACCGGUGUAUUUUUUUCCUCUGGAUGUUGUGUUCAUUGUCUCCCUCUGUUGGUGUGUGUCGGUCUGAUCCACGUGACGUCACACACGUUCUCCGUCUUUCUUUUGUAAAUUGUACAGCGCUGUUCCCCUCCGCACAAUCCAAUCUAAAGUACUCGCUGUAAUUAUACAGAUCUCUGUCGGGCCGGAGUAUAACAUGUAGAAUAUUUUAUUGAUUCUUGGACAAAAAAUGUAUGAAAGUCUAAAAAUCUGUACGGUUCAUUUGCAAUCUCAGGUUCUGUUGGACCAAAUGACAAAUAAAGUUUUUGUUUUUGUUUCUUUUUUUUCUUUUUUUUUUAAAUCAAGGAA